AAUCUAAGUGGUCUAAGGAUCGCGUUAGAUUGGUCCGCAAUUAAGGGUCCUUAUACUCCGGAGUAGCUGAGUUGGUUACAGCGUGGUACUUAUAAUGCAGUAUUACUAACCUUAUCCCUGGAAGUAGGGGGAGGUAGCUAUGCCAAGAUCCGGAGUUCGAGCCUCCGCUUCGGAAUAUGUGGACAUUUCCUUUUUUAUUGAUAAAACUUAUUUCCCUCUGUUACGUCCUAUAUGAACAACAAUGCGGUAACAUCAUUUAUGAACGGCAUAUUGUAUUUUUAUCUUUGAAAAUUAUCUUUGAUGGAUAAAUAAAUUUUAUUUUAUAGAAAAAAUAAAUUUUAAAAAGUCAAUUUUGUUUUAUAUUAAUCCAAAAAUUUUAAUUCAAACGACAUUGCAAUUUCAACGAAAUGUUGUUCAGCUGAAUCACACAUGAUGAGUAAAUAUAAGAAUUGAGCAUUGUGUUUUGCCGUAUUCAAAAUAAUUUCGAGCGCAUUCGAUUUUUUUCAUCUGACAAUUGUAUACAAUUGAAUUGUUUUAAAUCAUGCCGAUUUUAAACCUUGGUGAUGAUGAUGGACCAAAAUUUGUUGGCAUCAAAUUCUGUCAAGAAUGUAACAACAUGCUGUAUCCGAAAGAGGAUAAGGAUUCUCGUGUUUUACUUUAUGCUUGUCGUAAUUGCGAUUUUAAACAAAUGGCCGAAAAUAGUUGUGUAUACGUGAAUCGUAUUAUGCACGAAAUUGAUGAAUUGAGCCGAAUCGUUCCCGAUGUUAUACACGAUCCAACAUUACCACGAACCAAAGAACAUCCAUGUCCAAGUUGUGGCCAUAAAGAAGCAGUAUUUUUUCAAGGACAAUCACGCAGAGCUGAAGAUGAUAUGCGAUUAUAUUAUGUUUGUACUGAACCUAAAUGUACACAUAAAUGGACUGAAUAAUGUUUGAAUUACCAAAAUGAUGCAAAAAUCCUCAUUUUAUUUGUUAAAAGAAAAUCUAGACAAUGAAAUUUUUACCACAAAUUUGUAUUAUUUUAUCAUAUAGCUCAAUAUUGCCUGUAUGGAUAUUGUUGUUGUGACUGAUUGUAAUUAAAUCCAGGAGCAGGUGCUGAUUGAUUCAUUGAA